AUGUUCAGCCGCAGCAGCCGCCCGUCCGAGUCGUCCGGCACCAGUCCUCCGGCCCAAGGCCCAAUCACAACAGCUGCUGCUGAGGCCAGCCGACGUCGUCUCUCGGUCAGCACCCUCGGAAUGGGUGCUUCCNCCAACCAGGGCUCGCCCAUGUCGGCUAGAAUGCGAGGUGAGAGUGUCUCCAGCUCUACAGUCGACGAGUCGGCCAUCGACGACGAACCUUCUUCGGCCACGCCUGGCAACAGCGGCCCCUUUGCUCGUAGAGUCAGCUUCGGAGCACGUGCUCUCAAGGACAUGAAGGGUGGUUCGGCAUCGGUGCCAGCAGGUAGGCCCACCGCCACCGUUACUAUACCAGAAGAAGAAGUCGUAGACGGGGAGAAGAAGACUUUGGCCCCGACCUCCUCCUCACUGGGUCGUCGAGGUUUGUGUCUUCUUCUGGUGCCGCCGACGUGCUUGAGCCCAUCUUUUCUAGAUCAUUGUGCUGACUUGUCUCUUCCAUUUACAGAGGGCUUCAACUGGGCCGACAACAUGCGUUCCCGCGCCGAGAGGGGUUCCAUCUCGGGCCUCUCUGCCUCCCCUCCUACUGGCGGCUGGACUCACGCUCGCUCCAAGAGCAUUGCUGUCAUGGACACUCCCGUCAGAGACAACCCCAAGCCAGUCAACGUCCCCGAUCAAUUCCAAGAGAGGAUCCUCAAGGGCGAUUUUUAUAUGGAUUAA